AUGCACGACGACGGUGUCGUGGUAAAGUGUCACCACGACUACGAGACCGAGAGCGAUUGCGAGAACAUCGUGGUGACGUUUCACCACGGCAACGAGAUGAAGAGCGACGACGAGAACGUCGCGACGAGCGUGUAUCGCGACGAUCACGCGAACGAGAACGUUGUGGCGAGUGCAUGGCACCACGACCUCGAGAACGCGAGUGGUGUCGCCAGCGGGACGCGCCACGAUUAA